UCAACACUUGUAGUGGGAGCACGAAACAUGCAGAAAAAUUAAUAACACGUCUGGUAAAAAGGUAUAAAAUCAGACGCUGUAACAUAUUUGUCAGCUAAGCUUCAAGGACAGUCCAUCAGCAAAAUAUUCAGAAUGCAGUUAAUAGUUGCUUUGUGUGUUUUGGUUGUUUGUGUUUCUGCGCAACAAGACUACAGGCAAGAUUAUAGAAGAAAGAGAUCCGGAGGUCAUAAAUAUGGUAGCGAUGGUGGUGCUGGAUCUGGUCACAUUGGAGGAGGAAUUUCUGGUGGACUUGGAGGACUUACUGGUGGCCUUGGAGGAGGACUUACUGGAAAUCUUGGAGGAGGACUUACUGGUGGUCUUGGAGGAGGACUGUCCGGUGGUUUAAGUGGCAAGGUUGGAGGUGGGGUUUCUAGUGGACUUGGAGGAGGACCUUCUGGGGGUCUUGGAGGAGGACUUACUGGUAGUCUUGGAGGAGGACUUACUGGUGGUCUUGGAGGAGGACUGUCCGGUGGUUUAAGAGGCAAGGUUGGAGGUGGAGUUUCUGGUGGACUUGGAGGAGGACUUUCUGGGGGUCUUCGAGGAGGACUUUCUGGUGGACAUGGAGGUGGGCUGUCCGGUGGUGUAAGUGGCGGACUUUCAAGUGGACUUGGAGGUGGUGUUAGUGGUGGCCUUUCAGGUGGACUUGGAGGUGGCCUCAUCGGAGGGACAGGUGGAUCAUUAGGGGGCAAAAUUAAAGGAAGCCUCAGUGGAACUGGUGGUGGCUUAGGUGGCAGACUAGGCGGUGGGCUAGGCGGUAGUCUAGGCGGUGGUGUAACUGGUGGUCUAGGCGGUAGUCUAGGCGGUGGUCUUGGUGGUAGUCUAGGCGGUGGUGUAAGUGGAAAUAUUGGAGGUGGACAUGGAGGUGGGUUGUCCGGUGGUGCAAGUGGCGGACUUUCAAGUAGACUUGGAGGUGGUGUUAGUGGUGGCCUUUCAGGUGGACUUGGAGGUGGCCUCAUCGGAGGGACAGGUGGAUCAUUAGGGGGCAAGAUUAAAGGAAGCCUUAGUGGGACUGGUGGUGGCUUAGGUGGCAGACUAGGCGGUGGGCUAGGCGGUAGUCUAGGCGGUGGUGUAAGUGGUGGUCUAGGCGGUGGUGUAAGUGGUGGUCUUGGUGGUAGUCUAGGCGGUGGUGUAAGUGGCGGUCUUGGUGGUAGUCUAGGCGGUGGUGUAAGUGGCCGCCUUGGCGGUAGUCUAGGCGGCGGUCUUGGCGGUAGUCUAGGAGGCAGUCUUGGUGGUAGUCUAGGCGGUGGUGUAAGUGGCGGACUAGGCGGUAGUGUAGGUGGUGGACUUGGAGCUGGUCUUGGCGGUGGUUUAUCUGGCAGCAGUGGCGUGGGUAUCAAGAUGAAAAGCAGCAGCAGCAGCAGUAGUAGUUUAUCUGCCGGAGGAAGAAUUGGUGGUGGAAAAUAUGGAGGAAGUUCUGGAAAAUGGGGCGGAAGUUCCGGUAAAUGGGACUAA